CGUGUGACGUGCGUUGCGGCAGCGCACUUAUAUUAGCCUGGUCAGUACACCCACCGUAGCCUCACACUUCGCUGGGGAGACGAAGCUGCUAGCCGAUCAGGGGAGAAUUCUUUUGUAAUGGAGCUGCUGCGACCACGCGGCGAUGGUUGUUGCCCGCGCGUGCUCUCGGUUUCUCUGCUGCUCCUCGCCGCCCUGCUGUGGAAGCACGUCUCUGCGGCGGCGAUUACCAGGGGUGAUUUCCCGGAGGGGUUCGUCUUCGGCGCCGGCGCAUCGGCUUACCAGAUCGAAGGCGCAUGGGCAGAGGACGGGAAGAAGCCCAGCAUCUGGGACACAUACACGCACAGUGGAUAUUCGAUUGACCGUGAUACUGGAGAUGUGGCUGCGGACCAGUAUCACCAUUACAAGGAAGAUGUGAAGCUAAUGCAUGACAUGGGCUUGGACGCGUACAGGUUCUCGAUUGCCUGGUCAAGGCUUAUUCCAGAUGGGCGUGGAGCUGUGAACCCAAAGGGGUUGGAGUACUACAACAGCCUCAUAGAUGAGCUCCUCAGAUAUGGAAUACAGCCGCACGUGACCAUCUAUCACUUCGACCUUCCCCAGGCUCUCCAGGAUGAAUACAACGGCCUGCUCAGUCCGAGAAUCAUCGAUGAUUUUACCGCUUACGCAGACGUGUGCUUCCGGAGCUUCGGCGACAGGGUGAAGCACUGGAUCACGGUGAACGAGCCCAACAUCGAGCCCAUCGGCGGCUACGACCAAGGCUACCUCCCGCCGCGCCGCUGCUCCUACCCGUUUGGACUGGGCGUCACCUGCACCCACGGCAACUCCACGACGGAGCCGUACGCCGUCGCCCACCACCUCCUGCUCGCGCAUGCGUCGGCUGUGUCCCUCUACAGACGCAAGUACCAGGGCGAGCAAGGAGGACGGAUUGGACUGACGUUGCUGGCCUGGUGGUAUGAGCCAGCGACGCAGAAGCCCGAGGAUGUAGAAGCAGCUGCCAGAGCAAAUGACUUCUCGCUUGGAUGGUUCAUGCAUCCCCUGGUGUACGGCGACUAUCCGCCCGUGAUGAAGAGGAACGUGGGGGCAAGGCUGCCGUCGCUGACGGCCCGAGACUCGGCCAUGGUGCGCGGCUCGCUCGAUUUCGUUGGGAUCAACCAGUACGGCGCGAUCCUGGUCGAAGCAGACCUGGGCCAGCUCGAUCGGGACCUCAGAGACUACUACGGCGACAUGGCUACCAACUUCGUCACGGUACCGUUUGAGAGCACAGUAACGAGGAACCAGCAGGUGCCUCGACUUGGGCUGCGGAACCAUGAGGCGCCGUGGGCUCUGAGCAAAUUGCUGGAACACCUGCAGACGCACUACGGGAACCCUCCGGUGAUGAUCCACGAGAACGGAGCUGGGCACGAGCCCGACCCGUCCGGCGGGUUCCUGUACGACGACGAGUUCAGGGCCCAUUUCCUGCGGGUCUACGUCGAGGCGGCGCUCGCUUCCGUCCGGAACGGCUCCGACCUGCGCGGCUACUUCGUCUGGUCCUUCAUGGACGUGUUCGAGUUUCUCUUCUCCUACAGGUUCCGCUUCGGUCUCUACGGCGUGGACUUCGCCGCCGACAACCGGACGAGGUACGCUCGGCGCUCCGCGCGAUGGUACGCCGGCUUCCUCCGCGGCGGCGGCGGCGACCUCACGCCCGCCGCCGCCGCCUCUGUUUCAACGCGGACACACGGCUCCACCUAUUCGGAGUGAAAAUCAGCCGCACGUGUCUGUGUUAUAGAUUCAUCGCGAGUGAACAAGUACAUGAUGGAUGUUCUUCACCCUCAUCCAUGUCUGUCGUAUGCGGCAUUUUCCCGUCAGUUGUGUAUUUGUUUGCAUUUGAGGAAUAAAUUCAGUUCUGUAGUA